AUCAACUGAAGAUAGAAACUAUUGUAGAAAGUUUAAAUAUUUAUUCGUUUAUAUACGUUAUAUACCGAAAAAAAAGAAUUAAUUAUUAUAUAAUUGAUUUGUUUUUCUGUUAACACGAUCCAGUUUUUGAUAGAAAAGUCGAAUUAUGUGACUUGAUGUUCGUUACAUUUAUUUUCACAAAAUUUAAUUCUCUGUCGUGGCUUAAUUAUGGCUUGAACACUAUAUAACAAAAAAAAAGCUACUUACAAUGCAAAACUUACAGGAUCCUAUAGAAGCUCAGCCCAAGUUGUGAUCUAUAGUUACAUUCCGAUACAUUUUCUCGAAUAUUAUCGAGAAAAUUGUUGAUGAUAUCGAACCAUAAGAUAUUAAAAUCUAAAGCUGAAAACAGAAUAGAUGUGAAGCCAAUAGAAGAAUCGAUGAAUUUUAAAAUAUCUUUUAUGCCACGUAAGGCGAUAGGAAUAUGUAACCCUAAAGAGUACAGCAAAAAAUCAAAUUUAUCUUCUUGGAGAGAAAAUCUACGAGUGAGUUUCAGCUGUUUAUCCUCUUCGAGAGAAACGGUCAAAAAUAAAUUAAAUAUGGAAAUGAUUCACUCAAUAACAAGCAAAUGCCUGGAAAGUUUUAUCUUAUCUUACAGCCGGGAUUACAUAUGCAUGUACUUUUAGAAAAGGAGGCAAUUUUGAGAGGAGAUAUCAAAUAAUAAAUUGAUGUAGAUUAUCAUUGAAUGGUUUGUACACCAAAGUACACUUUAUCAGAUUUUUUUUUUUAUACAUAAUAGUUACUUGAAUUCAAACUACCGAAAUUAUCAGUCAGUAUUUUAGUUAGUAACGUUGAUGUACCAUUUUAUCCGCAAGGAAUACAGUAUGUUGGGCAGAU